AUGAACAACUCUAUCCUCCCCCUAAUUCCAAAAGUUGAGAAUCCUUCUAGAGCUUUGGAUUUCAAGUCGAUAGUGUGUUGUAAUACUAUUUACAAGUGCAUUUCAAAAAUGAUUUGUUCAAGAUUGGCUAAUGUGCCUCUGAUGUUAGUUAAUCAGAACCAAGGUGUGGUUAUCAAGAAUAGCACAAUAGCUCACAACAUUCUCAUUUUCCAAGACCUCAUUAAAGGUUACAAUAGGAAAAAUUCUUCCCCUCGGUGUGUGAUGAAGAUAGAUCUAAGAAAGGCUUAUGAUAAAAUUGAUUGGCAUUUCUUGGAGGACCUUCUGAAAGCUUUUCAUUUUCCCAGCAGGUUUAUCCAUUGGAUCAUGGUGUGUUUGAAGGGCACUUCCUACUCAUUUAUGAUGAAUGUAGGGUGCAAGGGCGUUUUAAUGGGGAAAAGGUCUCAGACAAGGAGAUCUUAUCUCCCUUUCGCUAUUUGUGUUAGUCAUGGAAUACCACAAGACUUCUCAUUCAAGCUUCUCACAAUAAGAAUUUCAGAUUUCAUCCCUUGUGCAAAAGGUUGA